UCCGACAACACCACCUCCAUCUCCCCAACCCAUCCCAUCCAUCUGGCAUUUCUACCUUUCCCCAGUCCUUUAAUCUUUCACCACAAGAAGAUUUACCUGCCUUGUAAGCAAGUCUGAAAGUAUUCACCUGUCAACGGAAGUAGUUUUCUUUUGUGUAAGUCCACCAGAGUCAUCUCCCUUAUAAAAACACGCGGUACACAUGGCCUACACGGAGCAAUGACACAAACAGUGAAGAAAUUAUAUUUAAAAACAAUAUAUGUAUACAAAAAGAAAUUUGAUUUGCAUCAAUGGCUCUAGUAUUCGCUGUAAGAUCUACAAAAUAUUUUCGAAUUGCCAUUACUGUAUCUAAACUAUAUCAUCGUCAUAUUUCUUGUUUAAACACGCUUUAUCAUAGUCCUCAUCGAUCGUCUGCUGAUAUAUAUUAUUUACCAUGUCGUUGGAAGAAUACCGGCCAAAACAAGGAUUUAAGUUCUUUAUUCCAUCCUCUGAGAGCUUCUCCGGUGAAUAAAGAUAGUGACAAUAUCGGGGCCGAACUCAGUGGAACACUUAAUAAAGCCGACUUAUUGCAAUUGUUAAAUACAUUUUAUCAGAAGCCUGAAAUCCGAGCUCUUGCUGCUGAGAAGGGAUUAGACAGAAAACUUUUCCAUGAAGCUUACAUCAGUUUCCGACAGUUUUGUUCGGUGCUUCAAAACUUGAAUGCAGACCUUUACAUCAUUAUGAAUGACAUCAUUCAUGGCGCAGGUCACGUUAACGAUAUCUUCCCAUAUUUCCUGCAACAUGCUCGAGAAGUGUUCCCGCAUCUUGUUUGCAUGGACGAUCUGAAAAAAAUCAGUGAUCUCAGGCUACCAGCCAACUGGUACCCAGAGGCAAGAGCUAUUCAGCGUAAAAUUAUAUUUCAUGCUGGUCCCACAAACAGUGGUAAGACAUAUCAUGCACUACAAAGGUUUCUCACAGCGAAAUCUGGGGUUUACUGUGGCCCCCUGAAACUCUUGGCUGUUGAAGUAUUUCACAAAAGCAAUAAUGAGGGAACCCCUUGUGAUCUUGUGACUGGUGAGGAACGACGAUUCGCUAACGAAGACGAGACUUCUUCUGAGCAUGUGGCCUCUACUAUUGAAAUGACGAAUAUUAAUAUGUUAUAUGAAGUGGCCGUUAUUGAUGAGAUUCAAAUGAUCAAGGAUGUCCAGAGAGGAUGGGCUUGGACUCGGGCUUUGCUAGGGAUCUGUGCCGAAGAGAUUCACCUCUGUGGUGAAGCAUCAAGUUUAAAUCUAGUCCAGGAAUUAACAGAAAUCACAGGCGAUACAUUAGAGGUUCGGAGAUAUAAGAGAUUGACCAGUCUUAAGUAUUUGGAUAAAGCUGUUGGUUCCUUCAGUAAAGUACGACCUGGUGACUGCUUUGUAUGUUUCAGCAAGAAAGAUAUCUUUUACAUUAGCCAAGAAUUAGAGAAGCGAGGCAAUGAAGUAGCUGUGAUCUAUGGAGGUCUUCCACCUGGAACAAAACUAGCUCAGGCCCAGAAAUUUAAUGAUCCUUCAACUAGCUGUAAAAUCAUGGUAGCUACCGAUGCAAUUGGUAUGGGUUUGAAUUUGUCAAUCAAAAGAAUGAUUUUCUAUUCUAUCAUGAAGCCAAAACUGAAUGAAAAAGGCGAGAAAGAGAUGGAUAUUCUAUCCCCAUCGCAAGCUCUACAGAUUGCUGGCCGAGCUGGACGUUACAAUACAGAGUAUGAAGAUGGUGAAGUGACUACUUUCAAGCAGGAAGAUCUAUCUAUUCUAAAAGACAUAACUAGUAGAAUAAUUGAACCAAUUGAGCAAGCUGGUCUACAUCCUACAGCGGAUCAAAUAGAGCUCUUUGCUUACCAUUUGCCUAAUGCUACUCUCUCAAAUUUGAUGGACAUCUUUGUGACUCUGUCACAACUGGACAGCAACCUAUACUUCAUGUGUAACAUUGACGACUUUAAAUUUCUGGCCGACAUGAUAGAACAUGUUCCUUUGUCGCUGAGGGUCCGCUAUGUCUUUUGCUGUUCACCAAUUCCCAAAAAGCAACCGUUUGUCUGCACUGGUUUUCUCAAGGUUAUCACUGGGCUGUGGCCACACUGGAGUACAGCCUCAAAAGGUUUUGAGUCAAAGAAACUGCAUUUAUUUUGCUUUUUAAGUUUGAUGUUUGUUUAUCUUUCAUUUUGCAGUUACCGCUUCCCAGAUAUGUUUCCAGAUAUUGAACAAGUGCGCUACAUGCAACACGAACUCGACUCUAUCAUUCAAGUCGGCGUUUUUAACAUCACCAGUUUGCUCAAGUCUAGCAAGCAACACACAACUGGAGUCAAUGUUAUUGACGACGAUGAAGACUUUGAUAUGCGAAGUCGGCUGAAAAGAUCUUUGAAGUCUUCUCUCGCUGAAACGAACGAGGGAGAUUUGGAGGAUUUCUCUCCAGAAUUGUUGGAGGAUUAUGGUGAAUACAAUAAAAGUAUCACUAGUAACAAGAAAACGCUCACAGACUCUUAUGUAAAUGCCAAAAACCUCCAGAGUGUUGGGAAGUUAGAGCCAGGCCAAGGUAAACUCACUGCAUAUCUAUUGAAGAAAGGUUUGUUGACACCAAAAGUGCUUCGUAAGCUUCAAGAAGAAUGGUCGUUAGAAGCUAACCAUCAUAGGAAGAAGAAAAAAUAAUGACAAUUAAUUAAAAAGACUUUUUUUAUAGUUUAAAACAAUAAAAUAAAUUUCUAUUUUUAA